AUGACUUCACGUUACGAGAAAGAAGAUACCUCGACUAGUCUGGGUGAAAAGCCCAGUGCCGUCGAGGGAGACCAUGUCAUCGGAUCCUCGCUCGAUGGAGACAUGAUCGAGCUGGACGAGGCGACCAACAAACGUCUCCUACGAAAGAUUGACUGGCGGUUAAUGCCCGUGCUUUGUUUCACCUACGCCCUACAAUACUACGACAAGGCCAUCCUCAGCCAAGCCGCCAUCUUUGGACUCCGAGAUGACCUUAACCUCAACACAGGUCUAAAAUACUCCUGGGUAUCCCUCAUCUUUUACUUUGGCUACAUUGUCGGUACAUAUCCCAUCUCGUUCCUCGCCCAACGUUUCCCGAGUCGAAUAGUCUGCACUGGCAUCUGCAUCGCCUGGUCCUUUGUCAUUCUCUGCACCCCAGCGUGUACCUCCUACGCCGGUCUUCUCGUGAACCGUUUCUUCCUGGGACUCAUCGAGGCUGGUGUGUCGCCGAUAUUUAUGCUUGUUGUUGGACUGUGGUAUACCCACGCUGAACAAGUCUCCCGUUCCAGUUGGUGGUACUCGUUCAGUGGUGGCUCCCUUCUAGUCUCGCCUCUCAUCAACUAUGGCCUGGGCCACAUCAAAGGUGGUUCUCUCAACUCAUGGCAGUACAUGUACAUCAUCGCCGGUAUCGCCACUCUUCUUUGGGGCAUUGCCCUGUGGUGGGUAUUCCCGGAUAGUCCCCAAGACGCCAAGGGCUUCACCGAAACGGAACGUCGUCUCCUACUCGAACGUGUACGAGGAAACAACGCCGGCUCCGAAAACAGACAAUUCAAGCCAUACCAAUUCAAGGAAGCCCUUUUCGACUAUCAGCUAUGGGGCAUCAUCAUUCUAUCCAUCGUCUCAUGCACAGGCUCUGGAGCAGUGACGACCUUUGGAACCAUCGUGUUCAAAGAUAUGGGCUUCGACGUCUUUACCUCGUUGCUCCUCAACUUGCCUAUCGGCGCCAUGGCAUUUAUCUGCGUUCUCGGAUCGGGCUACAUAGGACAAAAGGUUCCCAACUCGCGUUUGUACGUGGUUGUGGGUGCCUGUGCGCCUGUCAUUCUCGGCUGUGCUCUGCUAUGGAAACUACCUGACACCGCACUGGCCGGGCGAAUUGUGGGAUUCUACCUUAUCAGCUUCUUCUCGUCCGCUUGGGUCCAAUGCAUUGGUCUGGGUACAUCCAACGUCGCCGGCCACACCAAAAAGGCCGUCUACGCCGCGAGUACAUUCAUCGGAUACUCUCUCGGAAACAUCGUAGGCCCGUUGAUGUUUGAUGCCAAAUAUGCCCCUCGCUACGAUGAAAGCUUUAUUGGCAUUAUGAUCUGCUUCGCCAUCUGCGUGGGCGUCUCUCUUGCACUUCGUGUGAUGCUUGCACGGGAAAAUAGUAGCCGUGACAGGCAAUACGGCCAACCCGAACUGAGCCAUGGUUUAGAAGAUAUGACGGACAGGGAGAACAAGUCAUUCAGAUAUAAUCUGUGA